AUGUCCCGGACAUUCCACGCGUCAUUGGAGGCCGUAAUAUUGGUACUCUUUGUGAUCUCCGUACUCAAUUCGGGCUACUGUCGAGGUAAAAUGAGUUACAUAAACCGAUGCAAUCUACCCAUCAGUUCGGGACGAUGUCGGGGCUACUUUCUGCGCUAUGGUUACGACUCCGAAACAGAUGAAUGCCGUCCGUUUGUCUACAGUGGAUGCCGCGGGAACCGAAAUAACUUCUUCACCUACAACGAGUGCAUGAAUCGAUGCUUCAUGAGGUUCAAAUAA